CUCCUUAUUAUAAAUUAUUACAUCUUCUCCUUUACUUUGCUCCACUCUCUUUUAUUCAUUUGGGCCCUUUUUUCUUUGUUUCCUGCGCCUACGUUUAUGUUGAAGCGGAGUAUCUGAUAAAUAGUCACAAAUGACGUGUGCCAUAAGCUUGACUUCAUACACACCAGCACACCAACGCACCAACGCACAUCACACAUUUUUUUAAAUCAUAAAAAAUUGAUUUUUUUUUUUUCCUGCUUUGGAAUAUAUUUCAAUAGUAACGCGAUCAAAGAUGGAUGACUCACUUUAUGACGAAUUUGGUAACUAUCUUGGCCCAGAUCUUGAGGAAGAAGAAGACGAGGAUGUAGAACUUGAACAAGUAGAAGAAGAAGAAGAAGAAGAACAGCCACAGCAAGCUGCAUUUGAACAAGAUCAUGUAGAAGAAUCUGCCUUGAUGCAAAUUGAUGACAUUCCUCCUAAUCAAAUAGUUUUACACGAAGACAAAAAAUAUUACCCUUCAGCUGAAGAAGUCUAUGGACAAGAGGUUGAAACAUUAGUUCAAGAAGAAGAUACACAGCCUUUGACUGAACCUAUUGUUGCUCCCAUCAAAGUUCGAAAAUUCAACGUAUUCGAAACUGACUUACCGGAGACUCGUUAUAGUAAAGAGUUCAUGGCUGAUUUGAUGAAUCAUCCUGAUUUGAUCAGAAACAUUGCUAUUGUCGGUCAUCUUCAUCACGGAAAGACAUCGUUUGUAGACAUGCUUAUUUCUGAAACACACGACAUGCCAAUUAAUGUUGAGCAGCCAGAGCGUUAUACAGAUACGCAUAUCUUAGAACGAGAACGUGGUGUUUCUAUCAAGAGUAUGCCCAUGUCGCUUGUUUUACAGGACUUGAAAGAUAAAUCCUAUCUGGUGAACAUGCUGGAUACACCUGGUCAUACUAACUUCAUUGAUGAAGUUGUUGCAGCCACCCGGUUAGCUGAUGGUGUUGUCAUUGUAGUUGAUAUCGUAGAAGGCGUCAUGGUCAAUACGGAACAAGUGAUCAAGCACUGUGUGCGUGAAGGUUUGGCUAUGACGCUCGUUAUCAAUAAGAUGGACAGAUUAAUACUCGAAUUGAAGUUGCCGCCUGCUGAUGCUUAUUUCAAGGUACGACAUGCCAUUGAAGAAGUUAACACGGUGAUUCGAUCUACACCAGGUGGUGAAAACAUUCGUCUCUCUCCUGAAUUAGGUAACGUUUGCUUUGCUUCCACUCAAGUUGGUUGGAUAUUUUCACUUAAAUCAUUCGCAAGACUCUAUGCUGAAUCAUAUGAGGCUGACUUUGAUGAAGACUCAUUUGCCAAGAGACUUUGGGGAGACAUCUACUUUAACCCUGAAUCAGGUUCCUUCCACCGCAAGUCAAACAAUGGUCAAUUCAAACGUACAUUUAUCCACUUUAUCUUGGAGCCUUUAUACAAGUUGUACGCUCAGGUGAUUGGUGAAGAGGGCGAUAAUUUGAAAAAGACGCUUCAUUCACUUGGUAUCUACUUGAAGCAAAAGGACUAUCAAAUGGACGUCAAGCCUUUACUCCGUCUUGUACUCACUCGAUUCUUUGGUUCUACCAAUGCAUUUGUAAACAUGAUUGUUAAGCAUCUUCCUUCUCCUGCUGAAAACGCAGCCCACAAGAUUGAGCGCAUCUAUACCGGGCCUAUGGACAGCCAAGUGGUAGAAUCGAUGAAGAAGUGUGAUGCUGAUGGCCCCUUGAUGAUUCAUGUGACUAAACUCUUUAAUAACGAAGAAAGCACCGGCUUCCAAGCAUUCGGUCGAGUAUUUAGCGGAAGCGUCAAGGCUGGACAGAUCGUACGUGUGCUUGGUGAGAGCUAUACGGUGGAUGACGAAGAAGACAUGGUCAUGCAGAAAGUAGAGCAUACCUGGAUUUACGAGUCGCGUUACCGAGUCGAGGUUGAGGGUGUGCCUGCGGGUGGAUGGGUGCUCUUGGGCGGCGUAGACAACUCCAUCAUGAAGACGGCCACGAUCGUUGAUCAAAAAUCAAAGGAGGAUGCAUACAUCUUUAAGCCACUGCGUUUCCCUACGGCUGCUACACUCAAGGUAGCUAUCGAGCCUGUCAAUCCAUCUGAAUUACCCAAGAUGCUGGAUGGUCUUCGAAAGGUUAACAAGAGUUAUCCCAUCGUGACGACCAAAGUAGAAGAAUCCGGUGAGCAUAUUGUAUUGGGUACAGGUGAACUCUAUUUAGAUUGCGUCUUGCAUGAUCUUCGUCGAAUGUAUGCCGAGAUCGAAUUAAAGGUGUCUGAUCCUGUUGUACGAUUCUGUGAAACUGUUGUAGAAACGUCUGCAUUAAAAUGCUUUGCGGAAACGCCGAAUAAGAAGAACAAACUUACAUUCAUUGCCGAACCCCUCGAAAAGGGACUUGCAGAAGAGAUUGAAAAUGGAGAAGUCAGCAUCCGUUGGCCACAAAGUAAACUCGGACGAUACUUGGAAUCAAAGCAUGGUUAUGAUGUACUUGCUUCAAGAUCAGUUUGGGCUUUUGGCCCUGAUGAUAUGGGUCCUAAUAUGUUGAUGGAUGAUACUUUAUCUUCAGAAGUAGAUAAGAAAUUACUUUAUUCAGUUAAAGAUUCGAUCCGACAAGGAUUCCAAUGGGGCACAAGAGAAGGCCCCCUUUGUGAUGAGCCUAUCCGUAAUGUUAAAUUCAAGAUAUUAGAUGCAGUAUUAGCCAACGAACCUAUUUAUAGAGGAGGAGGGCAGAUCAUUCCUACAGCACGUCGUGUUUGUUACUCUUCUUUUUUGACUGCUACUCCUCGACUUAUGGAACCUGUAUAUUUUGUUGAAAUUCAAGCACCAGCAGACUGUGUAUCUGCAGUGUAUACAGUUUUACAGCGAAGACGAGGCCAUGUCACAAAGGACAUUCCUAAACCGGGAUCACCUUUAUACACAGUGCAGGCAUAUAUUCCAGUCAUUGAUUCAUGUGGUUUUGAAACUGAUUUGAGAACACAUACAGAAGGACAAGCAUUUUGUCAACAAAUCUUUGAUCAUUGGCAAAUCGUUCCUGGUGAUCCAUUAGACACAAACAUUGUCCUCAAACCUUUAGAACCCAGUCCUGCAUCACAUUUAGCUAGAGAUUUCAUGGUCAAGACAAGAAGAAGAAAGGGUCUUUCAGAGGAUGUGAGCAUAAACAAGUACUUUGAUGAUCCAAUGUUAUUAGCAUUAGCUAAUACGGAUGUACUAUCCAUCUAAAUUUGUCAAAGAAUAAAAAAAAAAAAAGUAUGUUUGAUUGACCUUCAAACCUGUUGAUAUUCGGAUAUAAUUUUCUUCCAGCAAAGGGGAUCGAAAAAAAAAGAAACUUUAUGGCUUAAAAUAACAGAUGCAUCGUCUUUAUGGUGUUGUAUAAAAAUAAACAUGCACGAUUGUACGCUACUGCAUGCAAACAAAACAAAGUUUGUUUUUUUUUUUUUUUUU